CACCUUCCUUUCGAGGUAGAACCAGGCAUCAGCUGCUCAGCAGUCAGAAUAUAUACCAGAAGAGUAGCCUCAAAUAGGUUUUGAACUGAGAGCGCUGUCAAAAGGAUCGAUGGGUCUGCCAUUCGGUGCCGAAGGGGCACGUUCAUUUCGAAUUCGGGGCCUUAUGGAAGCCAGCUAGCGGAACGCUGUUGAAGAGCGCGUCUGCCUAUCAACCCGAUGUGCCUACGCAUAACGGCCGUACCGAUUUCGGGUGCAGCUACGGUCCUUCUGACCGAUUUACGUCAAAUCAGACGUAUUUAUCCAACUCUUAAUAUGAAUAUGAAUCGCUGGCUACCCCGGCGAACUCUAGAAGACACCAAGUAGCCAGAUAGUCAUCCUUAGAGUGCGUGGAGCCUCCCUCAAGACCUGCAAGCACCUAGUCGAUGUCCUUCAAGACGUCCUUUGCUGUACUGGCCUUCGCUACGUUUUACCUCCUUGCGAGAGCGCUGGCCACUCCCGAGUUAAUCCCGGAACCUCCCCAACUCCGUGGCGGUCACCCUAAGCCAUGUCUUCCGUACGAAAAGCACGACAAGCAUGGUCACUGCGUUCCGACUAAGAAGCCCCUAGGAGCUAAUUGCACUGAAGAUUCGCAAUGUCAAUCGCGAAAAUGUUGGCCGCAGCAUUGGUACUAUGGACAGAAGAUCUGUUCUCCUAGUCCCGCGGGUGUACCAUGCAGAAGUGAUUCCACUUGUAUUAGCAAACAUUGCACUAAAAGAAGGGUGUGCGACAAGAAUACUGGGACUUCGUACAGUCUCCAUGGUCCCGAUGGCCCUCUCUGCUACACAAAUUCGGAUUGUUACGGCAAUCGAUGCAUGCCGCCUUUCGUUGGAAUUGGACAAAAUACUCAGUGCUUCCCCACUGACGUCGGAAACUACUGUGAUGCCAAGACGGGAUGCAUUACCAAUAAUUGUACAGAUCAUCGUUGUUUAGCGGGAGGUCCAGGUGCUCCUUGUUACCUCGGAGAACAAGACACGAAUUGUAUCAGCAAAUAUUGCGCUAUCGCGUCUAUGUCAAGUCCAACAGGAUACUGCCAGCAAGGGUUCUGACGGUACACGCGUCAGACACAGUUGGACGUAGCGCUCGAUGAUAGUGAGCGAUGAUGUACCCAUUCUAAAAUGUUUGGAUGCCUGGCGUGUCAUAGAAUCCUUUGGGGGAGCGCAUUGUUGUCAUGAGAUCACACAAGCUGCCAGAUUAAACUCCUGAAUGCAU